UGUAAGAACUCAGUUGGCUUGGUUGCUGCAAACAGUAAGCAUUCAAUAGUCGAAGCGAAUGAAAGCAUUUGUUGAGCUUUUGAGAAGAGCAUCCAGCAGUUGAAUGUGUGAAUGUUAAAAAAUAACUGUUGCUUGCGUAGUUUGAAAUUAGUAGUAGUUGUGUGGCCAUUUAAGUUACUCGGCAAAUUAAUUUAAUAUUGUUUUAUAAUUGAAUUAGAACUUAAACGACGUAAAAUUAAUUAAACGCAGUGAACCAAUAAAGUCAAGUAGAGUACGAGAGUGAGAAUUUGUACAACAACGAGAAGUAACUAAAGUUGUGCAAUUAACGGACUUAACGCGGAAGAAGGUGCAAAGUGCAUACAUUAUAUUUAAAUUGUGUUCCUAAGGCUACAGCAAAGCUACUAAAACUCAAAAUGAACCAUUCCAACUACGAGCGACAAUCUAAGUGUAAAUUCCUUCCGACCAUUUUCCACGUACUACUCGUAACCACCAUUUUGAAAAUCAAAUUUUCGGCAGUGAAUGCUGCCUCAGCAGUAGGGGAAGAUGCAGCUACUGGCGUCGUGCUCUCGACGGGCAACGAAGAGAAACGGAAUUGGCAAGCGCUUCAGGGUCCGUGGGGUAAACGUGCACACUAUACUGGUCCAACAUUGCCUGAGGCCAACAACGAACAAGAGGAUGAUGAACGGCUAGUACCGUUAUUGAUAAGCAAUGGCGAACGUGAUGAACCAUUUCUCAAGUACUCCAUGAUGUACCUAACCAAUGCUGGUACGCUAGAUCGUUUGUUGAAUGAAAAACAAGAGGAGCAAAGUGGGCUAAGAUUCAAUGAUGAGCUGCCAACGUCUAUUGAGGAUAAUGAAGGCUUUAUUACUAACAACAACAACAAUGGCGACAACGAUUUGCUAAAUGAGAAACGUGCUUGGAACAAAAUGAAUACUGCAUGGGGUAAGAGACGUAAUACGCCAACAUGGAAUAAGUUCAAGGGUGCAUGGGGCAAACGCGAACCGGGCUGGAAUAAUCUCAAGGGCAUGUGGGGCAAGCGUUCGUCGAAGGAUUGGGUGAAGUUGCAUGGCGGCUGGGGCAAACGCGCUUUGAACUAAAUUGAAACACACGCAAUGGAGUCAAUUUUGGCAUUAACUCUCUUAACUGGAUGUGUAGCUAUAAACGCAAUAACUGACUACCGACCUUUUAAGAGGAAAUCAAAUAAUAAUCCAUUUAUAACUAAAAUAUAUAAAAAACCUAAAAAUUUAUACAAAGAUAUAAACAUAUUUGCCUAUUGUAAAGUUUAGCUUACAUCUCUGUACAUUUUAACUGAAUGUUUCUUCUAAUAUUGUAUGUAUGUAUUAAAUAUAAGUAACUCAUACAACGGGAGCUAUGCAAAUGUAAAAUACAGUCAAGUACUAAUCCACAUACACAUAUGAAUCUAGUAUAUAAAUAUACGUACAUAUACUAUAUACAUAAUAAAUUUACAAAUUAGCAUUAGAAUUAAUUUUAGCACUCUGAUGUGUAAAGAUAAAAUAAAUAUUUAAAGUAAUCCAUGAUCAGCAUUUAAAAAACUCAAUUUAAUUCACAUCCGAUUUUCUGUGUGGACUUUGUAAUACCAAAAAUGUAUGAAAGCCUUAAAUGUUUUGUGUAUGUAUUGUAUGUAAAUGUAUGUAUAUAAUUUUGUCUUUUGUAUUUACAUACACAUAUAUUUCGAAAUGAGUAUUUAAGCAUGAAAAAUUAAUUUCGAACAUCAAAUGAACUCAGAAAAGGGUUACGAAAAAGGAAAAGAGAAGAGCAGCAAGCAAAUCUAGUCAAGUGA